UAUCUAUAUAUUGGAUUGUUUACUGAGUACCAAUCAACCCCUGCCUCCGAAAAGGCCUACACACUCCAACCUACUGUUUUUCUAUCUCCUCCUCUGUAUUUGUUCAACUUGGGCCCUGGAACCCUAGAUUGUCCAAGUGAUCGAAGAAGAUUACACAUGGCACAAGGGAAGAACGAAGAAGAGGAAGAACAUGCAUUGCCUUCGAAGCGAAAGCCCGAUCUCACUUUCGUAGAAGAAGGCAUUGUCCAGGCCUCAGAAAACAAUCCAAAAAAGCAUCAAAAACUCGAAACUUCUUCGGACAACAACUCCUCAGUUCCCGAAGUUGAAAAAAUCGAUGAAGUCGAACACAACCAUGUAGAAGAAGAAGAGGAGGACGGCGACGACGAAGACGAAGAAGAAGAGGAUUACGAAAGCGAAGAUGAUGAAGAGGACGAUGGCGAUGACGAUGACGAUGACGAUGAAGAUGAGCAUUCGAAUGAGAAAGCUGACGUUGAUCGUAAGGGCAAGGGGAUUCUAGUGGAGGAUAGAGGUAAAGGAAAAUUGAUAGAAGAAUCAGACGAUUCUAUUGGAUCUGAUGGCGACAGUGAUCUCUCCGAUGAUCCGCUUGCGGAGGUUGAUAUGGAUAACAUUCUUCCGUCGAGGACUCGACGGCGAGCGGUUCAGCCUGGGGUUUAUAUUUCUGAUGAUAUCCGCAAGGACUUCCAUGGUGAUGAUGGCAAUGCUUAAUUGAACUGAGGUUAGUAAAACUGAAGUGCAAAUAUAUUUUGUUCAGUUUGAUGAAGAGGAAGUGCUAUUUUGAUGAGACUCGGAUGCUAAUUUCAUCAAUGCUAUAGUGUUCGCAAACGUAUGCCGUAAACUUAACUUAUUAUUUCGACGAUGUCGUUUCAAAUUAAUCUGGGAAUCCCCCAUCUAUUUUCAACAUUUUUUCUUCAUCAGUUCUCCGCAUUUAGUCUGCAUGGUUUUAUUCAUUUUUUUUUUAUUAUGAAUUCGAUAUGCUGUAGCGUGCCUAUUGUUAACUUGCCAUAACGUGGUAUUAAUACGACAACUCAGUUAAUUUUGAC